GGUCUAUUGACUUUGUUUCCUCGUUCACCAAGGCUAUGUGAUGAAAGUGGACAGAGCUAUUCACGCCCUUGUGCUAUAUAGCUAUGGACUUUGAAAAUGUGCAUUGCUUAACCCCUGGUCGCUAGGAUGAGCUGGAGAUGAUGAAAGUAUCAAUAUGACCUCGUUUGGGGAAGCAGAAAGAAUGGAUCGCCAUGUGGCAGACGUAUAAUGCUGAAAUGAAAGUGAUGGCCAACCAUUCUGACAGACAGUUCGCAGUGGGUAGAUCUUGGCCCACGCAAGAAUUGUAACCGAGAACUGAACUGUUUAGAUCUAGGCAUCUGCGAGGGAGGAAUCCCGUGAGAGAAAACCAUGGAUGACCUGUCCAAUCCCAGCAUUCCCUGGCAGAGGAAGUUGCUCAGUCUAGCAGAGGAAACAGACACACUAGCACUUCCUGUUGCAGUGACUGUUGGGAUAGCAGCCACAGUCUCCAUCAUAAUAGUUGUGGCCAUGUGCAUCUGUGGAGAUGCAGAGGUCCCUGAGCUCAAGGAGAUCAAGCCAAGGAAAGGACCAAGUUCAAUGAGCCUGGCAAACUCUGCUGCCCCAGUACAGACGGCCUCGGUGAAACUGGAGGUGGGUCCUGAGGUGCAGGUGCCAGACUCACCCAAUGCCAGGCCAGAAAAUGGCUUGUCCUCUAACAGACAUAGUGGGGCCCCAUCAAGGAGCAGCCAGAUCAGUGUGGGAUCUGGUCAAGCCCGGCCUCCAAGUCUCCGCGAGCUCCCAGAGCUUCCAGUUGGAGACAUUGGUCGACCCUUAUCAGGGGUUGAAAACGGUGUCCCUCAUUGCAUCACUGAAGAUGAUGAUGACUAUGAUCAUUUGGGCAAGGAGAGACAGCCUGGGAGAAGCAGGGCUAAUUAUGACCAUAUCAAAAUCGACUCUCCAAACGGAGCGGUUGUAAGUGACAUGCCUGUUGAGAAUGAAACUCCCUCAGGAGAGAACUACUAUGCUCAGUUACGUGAUCGAAACUACGAAACUGUCACCGAAGUUAAACGAAGAGUUGUGGAUCCUUAUGAUCAAGUGAACGUAUGUGACGAUCCGUACUCCGGUUUAAAGGAUGAUCCUUAUGCAAAGGUCAAAGAUGAUCCUUAUGAAAAGGUCAAGGAUGAUGACACAUAUGCAAAGGUCAAGGACAAUGAUGUAUCAAAUCAAAUUCAUGUAACAAACAUUACUGUGGGAGGAAGUGAAAUUGACCCCUAUUCAACAUUAGGCGAAGAAAUGGAGGUCAACGCCAUGGAUGCAAGGUCAUCCCGAUCCAGUAUUAACCUUGAAGCUGGAUCACGUUCGUCUGCUGCCAACAUUGUGAACUUAGAAGAUGUUUCACAGGGGGGCAUUAGGUCCCCAUCUCCCAGAACCAAAUAUGACUAUGCUGUGGUGAACAAACCCAGAAAUGCUUCUGCUUCCAAUGAAGUGCAGCCUCCUGAGGAAGUUGACCCCUACGUGAUCCCCCCCCCCGAACCACCCCGAGCUUACACAGUAGACGAAGCUGCUGCACAACCAUCCCUAGUGGGAGCUGUUGGUGGAGGGGCCUCCAGACAGGAUGACAAUCCAGAGCGAGAAUACACGAUGGUAACAGCCCGUGAAUCUCUCGCCAGUAUGACUGCAAGAAAUGCCCUCAAUCCUUAUGAGACUGUCCCUGAAACUGAGAAUAUGUAUGCUACGGUUGAUGGUGGAUCUGGCGAUGGCGUGGUGCAGAGGAAGCCGGCACCAGAAGCACAAGCAGUGGCCAAUCAAGCUGCCCAGAGACUGAGCUCUGUCAGUGAAACCUAUGCUGAGAUUGACGGUAACUACGCCACUGCAGCAGCUCCUGCUCCACCAUCCCUCGACUCCCUGCACAUGAUGACCAAACAACAGGACGACCGGCGCCAUCUGGCCAGCCCAGAAGAUUCAGGGAUAUCAGGGAGCUCUAACGACUAUGCUAUCGUUGACAAGCGGUCCAGUUUCUCCCCAAGUGCGACACGACUGCCGGAAAUACCAAACUCUCCAGUCCUACCGACAGUGGCACCAGUUGCCAAUGGCAAUGCAGAGGGAGCAUCGAACGGUGUGACACUUGACCCUAACUAUCAGACUGUUAAAGACUGUAUCACUUAUAUUGACGAGAAUGAUCCGAAUUAUGAAAGUGUUGAAGAGGCAAAAGCAAAACAACCAUCUAAAAGAGACAGGCGUCAUGUGUACGAAGAAGUGAGUCCGACAAAUCCCAAUGCACCGGGGUUCGAAGCUGCUAGUGAGGUGCGUGAACGAGUGUUACAAGGCCACAUGUAUGAAGAUAUUCACGAACUGAAAGAGCAACAGCGAAAAAGUAAGCGUAGGCCUGCUGGGGGGAGUGAGAAGAGUUGAUGGAAUGGCCUUGAUACAUCGGUCAACCAGCAAGUGAAUAUGACACUCCCCCAGAAAAUGGUCUCAGUGACCAUAUGCAAGAUACUACUUCAUACUGCUAACCAAACUUUUGUGAGCUGGUUGGACUUGAUAUGAAACACUUUGAUUUGUGCUAAGGAGCAAGAAUGAAAUAGAAAGUGCUCAAAGUGAAGCUACGGUUCCAAAAUUACAAUGGCAAAACUGAAAUAACACAUAUUUUGACCUAACAUUCCAAGUAGGAAUUCAAAUUAUAAGGAGACGGGCUGAAGAGCCGAAAAGGGAGGUUAAAAGAAGAGCUUCAUAAUAAAGUUGGAAGGAGAACCAAAAGAUGGCAUUGGCCACCAAAUGGAGAAAUGAAUCUACAUAUCACGUACUGACUGUUGUUCUCUAACACAGAGUUUUGUUCCAUUAUGUGCUCAUUAAUUCUCGUUUAAACAUAUAAUUGGAAAGGUUCAUCCUACAAUAUGUUACGUUGUGCAAUUUUAAAGUUGUUGAUGGAGAAAUAAUUCCAAGACUUGUUUAGGUUGAAAUAUUUGUUGACUGUGAUGAAAUCACAAACUAGUUAUGUUUUAUUCUUAGUUCGCAUUUUAAAUGAUCGGAAAGUUUGAUAUGUGAUAUGAUUACACAUUUUACAGAAGAAUUAUGAUAUCUCCAAAACAAGAAAUCCAACUGAUUUUUGCAUUUUAGAGACUAAACAACUUACAAUAAGAAUCUUUCUGUUAACAUUGUCAAUGUAGUAUAUCAAGUUCAAACCAUACAUUUGUUUGCUUAAGCUUACAAGUUUCAAAAUGGCAGCUUCCUAACUUGCUUAUGUUACCAUGGUUACACAGGUAUAGUGUCGUCACCACAAUGUAUGUAUAUAUAUAUGUGUGUGUGUAUAUGAUAAAUAUUCAGAUAUCAAAUGUGCUCAGAGGUCGAGAAUGUCCUAUUAAUUUUAUCUUCAUGGAUAUUCUGUAGAUGAUAAUCAGCUUUAGCUGAUAUUCUUUAGCGCUUCUUCUAAUUAGACCGGCUACGAUAUAUUGGAGAAGUAUGUUGUAUCUAAAAGGAAAAGUUUACCGAUAUAUCCAAACAUUAUUACACGAUGUUGCCACAACAUCAAGUAUUACAGUCAUCAUUAUUAUGAGCUUGUAUAAAACAGACAUAUUAUUGAAAAGGAAAAAGAGAAAAGUAAUUGUCUUUUAAGGUUUAUACAAGAAUUAAUUAGCAAUUAAAAUGUUUUUUAUCAACUGUUCAAAUUCUAAAUUCCUAUUUUUAAAAUGGUAAUAAGCAGUAUAUUCUUAUACUUACGCCAUGUUACCAGAAAUGCAGUUAGUUCUUUCUGUAACUGUAUGUAUUGGUUAUUAAUGCGAACUAUGAUCAGUAUUGCUUACAUUGUGAUACAUUGUACCUUUUUUUUAAAAAAAUAUAUGUAAUUUUAGAAAGUCUGUAAGAUAAACACAGUUCAAGAUCAUUCUGAAAUGAAGUUCUACAUCGAUCAAGGUCACAGAAAUAUGAAUGUACGAUUAGAUAUUAGAGACAAAUAACUGACCAGAUGAUCAUGGACAUGUUUGCCUUUCAUGCUGUUUAAGAAAUCAUUUAAAUUAAAAUAUAAUCCACCACAUACUUAGUUAUUAUUGGAACAAUAUGUUUUCUGAUGAUUCAGUUUAGAAAAAAACACAACAGACUUCAGAAAACGUGAUGUUAUCAUGAUAUUAAUUUAAAGUUUUGAUUUUUGUAAAUAAUGACAAAAUAUCUUAUUUAUGAUUUGGAAUCCUAGUGCUAAUGACAGUUAUUUAUCAAAUAUGAUUUGAAUAUUUAUUGCAUGAGGAACAGAGUCAGUUGUCAAAAUGUUAUUUUCCUUUUCUACAGUGUUGGUAUAGGUGAAAUAAGGUUAACUGUGUCAACAAGAGGAUAAAUAUACAGUGAUGUACUAUCUUCACAUCAUUCCAGAGUCGUCCUAGAGUUGUAGCUCAUGUUGUCCAAAGGUCACGUUGUGUUGAUGAAAUCACGUGCUCAAAAUAAUGAAAACACCAGACUUGUUUUUCCUUUUUCAUGUUGUUUGCAUGAACAUUAAAUAUUCAUGAAUGACGAUGCUCAACAUCUAUCCAUGUUAUCUCAUAGUAAUGUGCAGAAUAUGUGUCUCCAUGCUGAAUAUAGGCCUUGUUCAUUGGUUAUUGUCAUCACAUCACCUUGUCUACGCAAUGAUGCAGUUGAUUUUGAUUUGGUGCUCAAUUAUUUCUCUUCUAGGUUUCAAUUCACACUUGUAACAGUGGUUGGAGUUUGGAAUAUUCUUUUGAUGAGAUCUAUCAGAUUAUGUGCCAUUUUGUGUAGAUGUUUGACUUCUGUUUGAGGAUUUGGACAGAUGUUAUUCAGUGAAGGGUUGUAGGAGUUGCAUCAGGCUCGAUUUAGUGCUCUGUUACUUGCGCUGGUUCAACCCAAUAUUACUAAGUGCAACCUAGUUAUUAGACUAACUUGCACUAGGUGCAAGUCAAUUUUUGAGUAGGUAUACUUCUGAAUAAAACAUCUAAAUAAUUGCAUUUACAUAUUGCAAUAAAAGCAGUGCAACUGGAAUUUUAGGUUUUUAUCUUAGGUUGCACCUGGUGCAAUAAGGUUAACAUCUCUUAAAUCGAGCCCUGAUUGCUUGUUGUCUUAUAUGUAAUGUCAAGGGAGCUGUAAGAAUGUGUUUUUUGAUAUCAAAUUUUCACUUUAUCUUCUUUCAUCCUUUAAGAUUUUACUCAAAGUAUCUUUUGUAUUUUGGGGGUUCUGGAAAGUCCAGUGCAACAUGAUAAGGAUAUUUAAAUACUAACAAAAUGAAGUUUGUAGUGUCUUGCAUAAUAGGUGCCCUGGAAGGAAAUAGAGAAUUGGUCAAAAGCAUAUCAGUAGUGUCAUAGAGGGGUCUUAUGUAUGAUAAUGUGUCUGGAACAAAUAACAAUUUCAGGAAUAGAAGAACAGCAAAGAAAAUGAUGAUAUAGAUAACGCACUGUGACAAUACAAGGGCAUAUGGUUAUAGCAAGUGAAACACAGAAAAAUGCCCAAUUUGUUCAGAAAACCCUCUGAAUAUGAUAGGAAAUCCCAGUCUGCUAGGUAGGUGAUAAUGACCUAUAUUCACUGUGGAGAGCCUCUGUUGUAUGUACUUAAACUACACGUAUACUUGUUGUACUGUGAUGUCAUAUUGUCCUGGUGAAUACGUGGAUGUGUAGAUAUGUAUUAUUUGUUAUCACGCUUUUUCUUCUUCUGUAUCCAGAACCAUAGCAACUUACAGUGAAACAUCCUCUGACUUUCACUUACAAUGCUUAUCCCAUCUGAAGCUGUGGCUUAUUGCUUCACCACCGUUCUGUGGGUCUUCCAUUAAGGUUGUUUAGUUUUAUCUAGUGGGAUUCUUCAGGCUUACGUAGUAGGGUUCUACAAGCAUUUGUAGUGGGGUUCUUAUGGAUCAUCUUCGAGGAUUCCUUUGCCCAUCAAGUCGAGGUGUUUAGGCCCAUCUAGUUGAGGUUUUUAGGCCCAUCUAGUCGAGGUUUUUAGGCCCAUCUAGUUGAGGUUUUUAGGCCCAUCUAGUAGGAUUCCCUCUUCCCUACAAAUUGGGAUCUCUAGGUCCACUUACUGGGGAUCUUUAUUCUCAUUAAGUUGGUAUCUUUUGGCCCAUCUAUUAGGUUUUAUCAGGCCCAUAUUAAAAGGGAUCUUUGGGGACAUAGACUAGCUAUUAGAGUCUUCUGGACCAUCUGUAGAAAUUUUCAGAUCCGUCUCCGUGCCAUCAUAGUUUAGUUUAUUCAGGUCAGUCCAGUGGGAUUCUGUAGUGUUUAAAGAUGGAACUUGAUUAGACGGAUGUUACUUGUAUAACUGGGUUAUUCAUGGACAUCUGAUCUUAAUGUAAAGAGGCUUUGUCCAUAGGCAGCCCAACCAGUGUUGAAUCCUGCUGCUGGAUAGCAUAUGAUUGAGAGGCUGUAUUAGAAGUGUUAAAGAAGUUUAAUGACAUUUUUUUUCAAUUCAGUAUUUUAUGAACACUUUCAUAUUCAAAUAUUUAUUUUCAAAGAUAGUACAAGAAGGUUUUUGAAUGGCAUUUGGAAGAGAAAUGUAUGGAUGUCACCUUCUUUGUUAUGAACAAAACUGUUCCUCACAAUAAAGAUGUUGACAUCCAUAAAAUUCUCUUCUUCACAGUACAAAAAAUUAAUCUUUGUUUCUUUGUCUGAACUUGUUAUCAGUAAAUUCUCUUUUAUAUGAAUAUAGGUGAAAGAAGCAGCUGGGCUUAGUGGUUACCAUUUCCAGCCCAGACUUAGUAUAUUAAAAGGUAUGUUAAUAAGCUUAUACCAGUUCAGAAAGAUCUCUAUUAUAUUACCGAAGAAGAAACAACAUUUGUGAUUUACUCACCUGUUUCAUUGUCAUUACUAAAUCAAGGAUCAGAAUAAAGUGAGUGGAUUCCGUUAUAUAACAUAUAUAUGUAUCAGCAAAGGAAUAUGACAAAGAGAAAUUUGGUAUUAUUUUAUGAGCUGUACAAGUUUUAACAGCUUACUAAAGUAAUAUUUUAUUUUUUGUGUAUAGAGAUAAUGAAAUUUUGUCAAGUCAUUUUUAGAUAUUUUGCCUGAUGACAGUAUAUUGCUAAUUAUGUCAGUUUGUGGAUGAGUUGAUAUUUGAUAAUAUGUUAGGUUGUAAUAAAAUGUUGACAAAUAUUUCAUUUUCCCAACAACUGUCCAGAGUGAUUGUUCAAAUUCCAUGCUCUGUUUACAGGGUUAAAUAGAUAAAUGUGUGACUCUUUUCAGUUUUAUUGAAACCCUUACCGUAUCAUUUUUAAUGGAAUUUGCUCAAAGGUGCUAAUUUUUGCAUUGGAUUUUAACCUUUUGAUAAAACUUUUUGUUUAAUAAUGUUUUAUGUCACAAGGACUGGUUCCUUGAUAAUGUUUAGCUGGAAACCUAUCAAGUGAUCUCAACACAUUUGAUAGCCAGUGGGAAGGAUUUGUUGCUGUUGGCUUUGGUGGUUUAGUCAAUAACAGACCCUAGUGCAUAGUUCAAUCAGCAAGUAUAGAUGAGUGGUAGAGGACAGGUUUGUGGAGGACAGUAUGAUGCUUAUGUUUUAUUACUUGAUUUAUGAAGGAUUUGUUCAGCCCCAGUAUCUUUGAUUUUCAUUAUUUUAAUGUGUAAAAUGGAGAUUUAUCAGUUUACUACAAAAGACAGUUAAUUCUGUGCAGGUCUGUGUGACAAAUACAAGGGACAUAACUCUAUAUAUAAAGCAUAGGAUCAGCUUGGGUGCAAAUAGGCCUCUUAUUGGCACACGUAGCCCUUAAACUAUAAAACCAUAGGAUCAGCUCAGGCUGAUUAAUUAGGAGGAAAUAAUGUCAAAUUUUACAUCACAUCCCCGAAAAUAAUUUAUUUGUAUUAAAUAAUAUUACCACGUUAAAACAAAAACUGUAAUGUGAUAUUUUUCCUUUCAUUCUUUAUCCAACCAAUUGAAAAAUAUUGGCCAAGGUUAGAUACCAUUUUCUGUGCGUAUAAGCUUUUUCAGUAAUACUGCCGUUGAUUAAUUACUACAUAAGGGACCGUUCAUAAGUUAUGGCAAAGGUGGGGUGAUGAUGAUUUUAUUCAGAAGCAUGUACGAUGUGAAUGACCCUCCCCUAAAGUUACACGUACAAAGUAAGUGAUCCCCCCUUGCAUAUCAUGUACAAAAUCAAUGACCCUCUCCCCCUUCCAAUAUUUGUUGAGCAUAAUGUAGUAUUUUUAUGUACAAAAUUGCUGAACCCCCUUUCCUCCCCAGAACAAAAUGGGUGACCCCCUUAAAAUCAUCAUCACCCCCCUAGCCAUAAAUUAUGAAUGGUCCCUAACCAAGUACAGACUUAUAAUGUCUAUGAAUAUAAGUCAUAGAUAUAUUAUAAGUCAUGCACAUAUAAAUUCUAUAUGUUUUCUUAUAAAUUAAAAUUGAUUAUCAAAUGUAAGUGAUUGAUUGUAUGCAACUUCAUGAGGUCUGAAUUACCAUUAUAACAUGCUUAAAACUGACAUUAGACUUAGAUGUAACACCUUCUCAUAUUCUAGGCCUAGUUCCCAACACGCUGGUGCCAAGUAUUUGGGUGCAAAACAAAUACCAAAGAUUAAAUGUAGACUAAUUAAUGCUUCCUUUAGCAUAGCUAACACUUCCAAGUUGUUAAUUUUUAAUUCAUCUUUAAUCAUUUUUAUGAUAGGUGUAAAUUUUACUUUCUCAUUGUAUGUGCAUUUUGUAAACUAUUGCAUUACUUAUUUUAUAACAAUGCUCAUGACGGAUGUUAAACAUUUUAGUUGUUAUAGAUUAUUCAAGCCAACAAGUAAACAGUGGAAAGAGUUUAUCUAUCACAUGGACCUAUAUGAAACUUACAUAUCAUAAUCUUUAUAGUUAACAAAGAUAUUGUAGGAGAUGUUUCUUAUUUUUACUUUUGUCAAUAAUUAUGACUAUGUUGAUGUUUUUAUCUAAUGAUUACAAAAGAGAAGGAUAUGGCUACUCUUUGAGACAUUUAUUUUACACCCUGUCUUCAAGAUCAAGGAAAUCAACAACUGAGGAUGUUAUGUGUUGUGAUACUGGUGAAAUUGAACGCUUGUUCCUUGUUCAAAAGAAGAACUAAUUUUGGUUGUUGUGAUUUACAUCAUAGUUUUGAUCAAACUAAUUCUUAUUCCACAACAUUCUUCUAUGGUCUGUUAUAAUCUGAAUUACUAACCCACUUUCUCUUUAGAGCGCUGUCAUGUCUGUCAGGGAUAUUCCGUUGUAAACUUACACAAGUCCUUUUUGGCUUUAUGGACUGACAGGUAAAACAAAUGAAUUCGUACAUUAACAUAACAAUAAAUAUAUUUAUUGUAUCACAGAAACCUUGGAAAUAUCACAAAUGCAAAAUCAUAUUUAUUUCCUCUUUCUGCUUUCUUAGAACUUGAAGUCUGAUUUUUAGAUGAUUACUUCUGGACUUUUGGAAGAUGUUUACCAACUUGGAGAGCAGGUUUUCUUUAACGUGUUUGCAAUUGAACACAGUUCUGUUUCUAGAUCCUAGUCAUGAGAAGCUGCUUCUGCCUGUAUUUAAAGCCAGCUGCCUGCCCUGUGUGUGCACUGCAGGCAAUGACACUGUCACCUGAUAUCUCACUCUCUGUUGUGUCCUGUUCUUGUAUCAGCAAUGAUAAACUCACAAUCAGAA